CAGAGCUUUAUAGGACCUAAGCUGUCAUUGGCCCUUAUCAACCUAACAACAACAUCCAGGGAAUUGGAUAAAUCUCUACUUCCUUGGAUCAAAUCUGAUUGUUUCCCAUUCCCCAGAUUAGUAAUUAUGUCUGAACUAGAGGAAGAAAUUGGACAACAAGGAAACUCAGAUUCAAAUUCUACAGAAAACAGAAUUAAAUCUGGUUACAUUGACAUUGCCAAAAGACAGGAUGAAAAUGGUGCUAAAUCAUCUUUCUCCAAGGCAUUCAGUAACUUGAAGAAAUCAGAAUUCUAUGAGGAACCUCCAUCAGAGGUGAAAACAGCAGGAGAAAAUGCUGCAAAAUCUUCAGGGGCUGGAACAAAGCCUUCUGCAAAGAACUGUGUCAUUGUUAGUUUAAGGCAAAGGGGUAAUCCAAUACUUAAAUCUAUUCGUAAUGUUCCUUGGGAGUAUGGAGAGAUAAUUCCUGAUUAUGUUAUGGGAGCCACCACUUGUGCCAUGUUUUUGAGUCUACGUUACCACAAUCUCAACCCAAACUACAUUCACGACCGACUCAAACAGCUAGGCCGUCAGUACAAGCUGCGAGUUCUGCUAGUGCUUGUUGAUGUUAAGGAUCCACAUCAUGAGUUAAAGCAAUUAACCAAGAUCUGUGUGAUGGCAGACAUGACUCUGAUGCUAGCAUGGGACCAAGAAGAGGCAGGGCGCAUUAUAGAAGUAUACAAGAUGUUUGAGCACAAGCCACCUGACCUUAUAAUGGAGAAACAAGAAUCCAAUCCAUACUCAAUGCUUAUUGAUUCCCUAACAUCUAUCAAGUCUAUCAAUCGUACAGAUGCCAUGACACUCUUAUCAACCUUUGGUUCCCUAGAAAAGAUUGUGCAGGCAACUGAGGACGAGUUGUCCAUGUGUCCAGGCCUAGGUCCUCAGAAAGCUUCUAGGCUUCACAAGAUACUGCACCAAACCUUCAAAAAACCACAACACCAGAAAAAUAAACUAGAAAAGCAGCCUUCCAAUAACUCUGCAAACUAAGUGACUUUGCAAGGUCUUGAAUCUUCGGAAUAAAGUAAAAUGUAAGGUACUGUAAUUAUUUUUGUAUAUUUUUAGGGAAAUAUAAUGCUAAAUUAUG